CUACCUUAUGGAGUUCUCGCGGUCGAUCCUGCUGCUAUUGAACCAAGUUGUCUUCGUGAAAAGUCUGAGGAGGAAGCAGGAAGUGAGGUGGAUGCAGCUCCAGAGGGAUUUGAUUGACACUCAGCUGUGCGAAUAGGAGUGAUCGUAUCCCAUUCUGAGGAGUGUCCUCGCAGCGUGUACAAAAGGGUCGUUCAGGACUGUCUUCUGCUGUCUUGGAAGUGGAAGUUGGACAAACUUCAGUGACUGUGAUCCAAGGACAGCAGGCCAUACUUCCCGUCUGGUAUACGUCCACCAGUGUCAGCGUUCCCUUUGUCACCUGGCACAGAGAAAGACCCGGGGAGCGUUUUCAGAUCCUGGCCUUUAUGUAUGAGACAACCAAAGUGGAAGACCCUGAUCUCAAGCAGCGACUUGGAUUUUUGUUCCGUAUGCCUUUUCAUAAUGUCUCCCUUGUAAUUAACAAUACCAAAGAAAUGGAUUCCGGCCAAUAUAUGUGCACCGUGAAUGUUCCGGAUGACAAUACGGUGAAUGGAAGAAACAUCGGACUUGUCAACCUCACUGUUCUAGUCCCACCGUCUCCACCAAAGUGUCAGAUUCAAGGCAGUGCACAAGUUGGAGGCAACGUUACCAUGUCCUGCAAAUCUGCUUUUGGAAAACCAGUCCCAGUUUACCGUUGGCAGCGGACUGAGCCCAGUCCCCAGUUUUUCUUUGCACCCACACAAGAUACAAAGAAGGGGAUGCUGACAUUGACCAAUCUUACUAUCGAGAUGUCAGGGGUGUAUCUCUGCAAUGCCUCCAGCUUAGCUGGCCAUUCCAACUGCACCCUCAAUCUGGAAGUACAUCCACCAUUCAAUACAGCAGUGGUUGCUGGUGCAGUCGUGGGGACCCUCAUUGGACUUGGCCUGAUCAUAUUUUUUACACUUCAGAUGUUUAUCUACCGAAAGAAAAAGAAGGAAGCCCAAGAGGAUAUAGCCAAUGAAAUCAAGGAAGAUGCUGUAGCUCCCAAGACCCUCUCCUGGGUGAAAAAUUCCUCCACGGAUGGACUCUCCAAAAAUGGAACGUUGUCAUCCAUGAACACAACUCGGGAUCACAAAUCCUAUACUGUCCGGGCCCCCUCGGACACGGCCUCCAUCACCACUGCUGCAGGAAGCAUGGUGGGCUUCAAGGCCCCUUUCACCAACCCCAGAAAUGGGACCCUCACACCAACACCCAGCCUUUCCAGCCAAUCGCUGCCCCUCUAUUUUCCACCAGUGAUCAACGGGGUCCAGUGCCAUCAUGCCAAUGUGCCCAUCCACAGGAAUAACCUCCACCGGACAAACAGGGCUCAGCCACAGGCCCCCCAGCAUCAGGAGCCCCCCGUCCCCACUGCUCAAGGCUUAACGGCCUCCACAUUGAAUCGCAUGGGAGCAGUGCCUGUCAUGGUGCCUGCUCAAAGCCAGGCAGGAUCUUUGGUGUAAAUGUGCUGUAACUCCAUAGCUCUCCGUGCGGCUAUCGGUUUGACUCAUCACAAGCACUGUCGAGAGACAGGUGCGCAUUGUGCUGCUUCGCCAGCCUGUCUGCGGAGGUCCAGGGUCUGUGUUUGGGGUGGUUCUUGGAUUUGUUCUUCAUGUGACCAAAUGUCAAGACUUUGCCAUAAGUGAGACCUUAUCGGGACUUCUGAAAAGGACUUUUUUAUUUUUAUUUUUGGUAACCAGAAGAGCUUCUGUUUAUCUGUCCAGGCUUAUUCUUCCUCGUGCACCAGGCCCAUUCCAUCUCCUCUGGGAAUCUACCUAACAGAGACUAGGUUUAACUGGAUAAAAACAUGUUUGUUCUCUAACAUAACUCUUAAUGUUGAGGAAGAGAAGCAAGCUGUGGUUUACUGUUGUGGCUUAGAAUAAGAGAAGGAGGUAGAUCUGAAGCCUGUAAGCAAAAUGGGUCAUUCUAUCUUCCCCACUACUUUUCAAGAGGUAGCUCACACAAUGGGAAACCCUUCAGACACUUAGGAAGAGAAGGUAAAGAUAAUUGAAACCUACCUGACUCCAUGUCAAAAGUCUACACAUUAGAGAAAUCUGCACAAAUCACAAAAGUGAUAGAAUCUCAGCUGCCACCUUCCACUCCCUCCAUGCAGACAAUGUUUUCCAGCAAUAGGUAGAGCUGAAGCCAAGGUGGAGGUGUGACUUCCUAGCUUAUCAUUCCUGUCUCCUUCUUCCAUCUCCCCAAAAGAAACUAAAGGACAGUUCAGUCUCACUGCUGGUUGAUCUGAUGGCCAUAAGCAGUUCUUGGUGUCACUUCAAAGGUAAUUAAUUCAUAAACCCUUCAAUUGCCUCUUGAGACGCCUGGUUUUAGAUCACCACAGUAUGUUAGAGGUGUGCAACUUUUUGAAGACACAAACUUCCAUAUGUAUGAAGAGGCCACCAUAUAUUACAUUUGAAGAAAAUGCCAUUUUAAUUGAAUUAAUGGAAUAUCAAUGGUGUGAGGAAUGAAUUCAUGCAAUUAUCCUUAAAACGACAGUUUGUUACUUAUGAAGGCCCAUCCAAGACUUUGGAGAUUCACCUGCACUUGUUGGGCACUAAAUUAGGUAGUAUCAAUGCCCCCUGAAAUAAUUUUAGUACAAAAUAAAUGCAGCCUUAUUCAAGAGGUUAUCUUUUACAAUGGAUACUGUGUAAUAUCCUUUUUCCUGAAAAUGGUAUCCUAGAUUAUUUAAUUUGGGAGCCUUAUGGACAAGAUGAAUUUAGCUCAGGAUGGAACUAUUUGGAGAGACAAGUGCCAUGAAGUUGUUAAGGCUGUAUCAUAAGUGCAAAAAGAGAUCAAGGUAUUGAUGUUCACCUGAAGAGGCUUGGAAAUGGUUUUUGAUAGGAAUAAGUUAAAUGGAAUAUAUGAAACAGACAAUAAUUUGGCAGAUGCUCAAGUUUUUACACUUGGUGGUUUUGAAACUGAAAAGUGGAUGCCACUUUUAAAAAGUAUAAAUCUAAACGGUAGCUUUGCAACAGAAAUUCGUUUUUAUAGGACCGUAAAAUGCUUUCCUAAGGUAACAUUUCAUAUUAAUCCAAGCUAAUCAUAUAAUUCAGCAUUGUCAGAUGGCACAGUCCUUAUGAAGCUGGUGACACACAGAUCUGUAGAGGUUCUAGAUUAGAUCUUUCACUCUUGUGCUGAAAAUUUGGGGAGGGGGUUUUCUUUUGUUUCAUAGCAUCCCUACAAGCCCACUUUUUGAAGUAGUAGUCCUCUUUCAGUUAAUGUAGGGUAUAACUCCUGGAAAUACAGAUGUAGAAUAUGCUUUUCAGAAAGUGUUCACAAGGCAAGUUGAGAAAGGAUUCUGCUGAUUUAAUGUACAGGUAGUCCUUGAUUUAUGACCACAGUUGGGACUGGAACAUCAGUUGCUAAGUGAGGAAUUGUUAAGUGAAUCUCACCCAAUUUUUUGCCAUGGUUGUUAAGGAGAACCUCCUUGAUUAUUAAGUAAAUCAUGCAAUUGUUUAUUGUUAAGUGAAUCUGGCUUCCCCCAUUGACUUUACUUGUUGGAAGGCACCUGGGAAAGUAACAAAUGCAGAUCACAUGACCCUGAGAUUCAGCAACUGUCAUAAAUAUAUGCUGGUUGCCAAGCACCCCAGUUUUGAUCACAUGACCAUGGGGAUGCUGCAACGGUUGUGUCAGGACCAGUUACAAGUCACUUUUUUCAGUGCCAUUGUAACUUUGAAUAGUCACCAAAAAAGGUUGAAAAUCAAGAACUACUUGCCGUCAUCCAUGUAGCUUUAUUACCAGCAACACAAGAUUCAUUUAGAAUUGCUUUUCUCUAGGGCGAUGGUUGGUCUAGGACUCCCAGAAUUCCUGAGCCAGCCAUGUUAGCUCAGGAAUUCUGGGAAUUGAAGUCCACAAGUCAUAAAAGGGCCAUAAAUUGCCAACCUCUGGUCUAGGAUAUAGCUGUGGUUUUCUCUGCAAGUCUACCUUGUAUUCUCUGGAGGUAUCGCUCACCCAAACAAAGCCAGCCAGUUGCUCUAAAUCAGAGUGUCCAACCUUGGCAAUAAGACUUGCAGACUUCAAAUCCCAGAAUUCCCCAGCCAGCCAUUAAAGUUACCAAGCUUGGGCAUCCCUGCUCUAAAUGAGUUAGGCUGUUCUCUUCUAGGCAUCUGUUUUGGCUCCAAAACCUAUUAGUUUUUUUAAAUAAAUGGAACCCCUUUUAUGACCGUGGUUAGGGGUUGAUUCUGGAAAAUAUGCUUUUAUUCCGAUUUGUGUCCUACUGUUCCUUAGUGAACCACAUAGGAACUCUACUUAGAUAUUCUGCAUUAGUAUUUUUGAAACUUGGCAACUUUAAAAUGUGUGAACUUCAACUCUCAGAAUCGUCAGCAUGUCAGUUUGAAAAUGCUUCUCUACCUGCUCUCUUGCAGUUAAGGCCAAAUACUGCCUCAGGUCUAUCAAAAUAUGACAUCUUCCAUAACUCUUAAGAACAUGACUUGUAAUAUUAUAGAGCAACUUUCUACCAGGCCUCUUAAAUGGACUGUUUAAAGGACACCUUUUGCAUCUUAAUAUAUAUUGUGCAAUUAUGUUUAUUCAACGGACAAAUUCCUAUAUUUCUUUUUCUUUUCUUUUUUUUUAUAAAUGUAGAUGGAGUAAAUAAUUUAUACUUCUAGAUAUUAACAGGUCUGUGAAUCUGGACUGGAGUCCUCUAAUCAUUUUCAUGCUAGCUAUUUUUAUUUUUCAAUGGCAAUAAGAUCCUUCUGUUGUGUGGGAAGGGUAGGGAUACACUGAAGUAUUUUUAUGUACAGUUUUGAAAUGUAUUGUUUUUCAUAAACAAUCAUUAAAAGUAUUUGUUUUUAUAUCAAGUAAAACCAACUGUGGAAAGGCA